AUGAAAAUCCCUCCAAAGAAACCUCAUUUUUUCAAACCCAUUCUGCCAGGUUUCAAGAAUGGACUUAAAAUUCCUACUGGUUUCUUGAAGUAUCUGAAGGUACAUGAACACAUUGAACGUGCAGUAUUGAGAAGGGGUAUUAAGCAGUGGCGGGUGAAGGUGAAUGGCCGAUAUAUAGAAGAAGGUUGGGAAAAGUUUGCAGAGGAGCAUGAUUUGCAGUUAGGAGAUUUAUUGGUGUUCAGACAUGAAGGAAACAUGGAGUUUGAAGUUUCCAUAUUUGAUUCAAGUCACUGCGACAGAGAAUAUUCGGAGUAUUUGCGACAACAACAAGAAGAAGCCAAUAAUGUUGAAGAGAUUUCCAAGAAAUUUGAAUUCAAAGAAAAACCGAGUCGCGGUAUCAAGUUGUCAAUAAACGAGGAUUCUUCUCAUGCAGAAGCAGCUACUUAUGAAAAGCCUUUUGGUCAAUCUCAUUUUGUCUGCACUAUCCAACCUUAUUGCCUUUUCCGUGGUUACUUGUCCCUUCCUCGACAAUUUGCAAAAGCAAAUGGUCUCAGCAACAAGAAGUGUGAUUUGAUUAUAAAAGAUGAUAGACAAAGGUCGUGGAAAUUAAAGCUAAGUUCUUCCAAAAGUCGAGUCUAUAUGGGAGAUGGAUGGCGUAAACUUGUUACUGAUAAUUGCUUAAAAGAGGGAGAUCGUAUAAGGUUUGAGAUUGCUACUAAUGGAGAGACGCCAAUAUGGAAAUCUCAAGUUCUUACUGAUGAAACUCCAAUCAGGAAGUUUCAAGAUAAACCGAGCCCCAGAAUCAAGUUGUCAAACAAGGCUUCUUCCCAUGCAGAAGCUUCUACCAAAAAGCCUUUUGGUCACUCUUAUUUUAAAUGCACUCUUGGGGAAUAUUGCCUUUCGAGUGGUUUCUUGUACCUUCCUAAACAAUUUGCAAUCGCAAAUGGUCUCGCCAACAAGUGCAGUUUGAUUAUAAGAGAUGAAAAACAAAGGUCGUGGAAUUUAAAGCUAAGCUCUCGGAAAAACAAAAAUGAAGUCUAUAUUGGAGAUGGAUUUCAUUGUUGAUAAUUGCUUAAAGAAGGGAGAUCGUGUAAUGUUUGAGGUUGUCACUAAUGGAGAAACACCAAUAUGGAAAUUUCAAGUUGUUACUGAUGGAGAAACUCCAGUCUGUGAUCAAGAUAAACCGAGCCCCAGAAUCAAGUUGUCAAACAAGGCUUCUUCCCAUGUAGAAGCUGCUACCAAAAAGCCUUUUGGUCAAUCUUAUUUUAAAUGCACUCUUGGGGAAUAUUGCCUUUCGAGCGGUUUCUUGGUCAUAUUUCUUGAGAAAAUGCAAGCAUCCUUCGAGAGGUCGACUGAACAAUGAAGCAAUUCGUAGAAAAAAGAAAAAUUAAAGCAGUUAAAUCUCUCUCUCUCUUGGAUGCCCCUGCGCAUAAACAUAUGGAUAGGGAUGCCGAUUCAAAUGCAGCUAGAAAGGCUCGUUUGAGUGAUUCAUAAACCCCUUCUCUCUCCUUUGAUGUCUACUCAAUCUAAACGUUGGGAACGACUAAAAGCGGUUGCUUCUAAACUCUAUGGUUCACAUCGAUUACCCUUAGAAUUCAGGUUGGGUAGGGGAAAGUCUCUCAAUCCCUAUUUGAAGGCGAAGAUGAUCGAUUCUCUUUUUCGAAGGGAUUUAAAGCCCAAGGAGAUAGGGCUCUUUCCAGACGAGCUGGUAUUCGAUGGAAAAGAAAUUUUACAUUAAACAAUAUUUUGUCCAUUGGAUCAUCAAGAGUGUGUUAUAUUCAUGUAUUGACUAGCUUAAAAAUUGCUAAUGGGGCAAAAAAUCAAUUGAAAUUGGGUUGUUUUAAGUU